AUGGCGAGAAUCUACAAAGACACCCGGGUCGAUCUGCGGCCGUACUCGUCGACCACCGUCGUCAACAUCCUGAUCCCAACCCAGGGGAGCGCGCAACGCCGGGCCCGAUUCUCGCUUUCUGCUUUAACAGAUAAUAACCUGCCAGUAGCGAAGGACGACGAAGAAUUCACAAAACGCCAUCUCGCGACCCAGGGAUCCCUCUACUUUCGGAAACGCAAGCUCUACCCCCGGUCGUUCCUGUGGAGGGUGAUCAACGACAACAGAGUCCUAGAACUUCACUGCGUCGACCUGACCAAGGCCGGAAUCGAGCACCAUGAAUAUAAUGUCACGUUGCGCCUGGAUUUUCAGGAGGAGAUCCUCCCGUGCGGUGUCGAGUUCGCGGAUUUGGAGGAGCAUGAGGCGUUGAACGUGUUUGUUCUUACGGCGUCGAAGCAGCUACAUACCUUGACGCUGCGACCUGAAUUCUUCCGCAGGGUGUCUGCGAUUGAUGAUAACGUGUCAGAGUGGUGCAAGACAUGUGUUCCGGCUCCGCUGGCGUUUUCGUAUCCCCAUCGGCUUCAUGCUAGCAGUCCGUUGGAGCUAUUUGUUUCCCUUGACAAUGGGUCGCUUCUGCGGUUGACCAGGAGGUCUGGUGAUGACGGCUCGAACUGGUCACCUCUUACUUUCGACGAACGAACCUGGGGCUCCUCGAUCCGGGGCCUUGUCCGCUGGCAUGUGCCACCGCCGGUUAAAUACAGAGGUCGCAAUCUCGAUCAGAAUGUCCCCAAUGCGAUUGCCACUACAUCCGACCAGACAUAUGUUUUUGUUGUCUGUCUGAACCACACAUUGAAGAUAUGGAACCUUGCCACGAAUAAACUUGUCGCUUCGAAGGACCUCUUGAAUCGCCAAGUACAACAGAAUGAUGCCAAUUUCUUAUCCCUGAACCCCUCCGAGUCGUCGUUCAUCCGCGUGUUUAAUGCCGAGAGAGCAUUGGAUGGUGAAUACCGUUAUUUCGUGGUCACAUAUUCGCCUUUCGAGGAUGGACGCUUCAAGUUCUGGGCCGUUAAGGGGGGUCUUACAUCACAGUUAGUUAUCGAGGAUUUAUACCCGGAUGCGCCCCUUAGGCCAAUGGACCCAGAUAUGACAGGGAACAUGUUGUUCUGGAACAUUGCCGACUUCCAAAUCAAGCCCGCGGAAGCAGGAAAGGGCAUGGAGCUGUGGGUUCUCUGGAAGAACAACAGUUUGUGUCAGCUGUACACACUACACUUCAACUUUGACACUUUGGAGAGGGACUGGUAUACAAAUUGGGUGUCGACAGCUAUGGAGUCACGCAGACAGGAGGCACCACCGGUGUCGGUCUCCUCCGAUGUCGUUGAUCCGACCGAGAAGUGGUUGAAGUACCUCUUGCAGCCUAACAGGUUUACUCCAGAGGUGCUUGAGACUGCUCUGGCCAUCUAUAACGAAGCACUCAGACCGCUCGCAUCAACGUCUAGCAACUUUAAGAAGAACGCAUCUCUCCCAGAGAGACUCUGUACCGCAGUCGCGGGAACAGUGUCUCUCCGAAAAUAUGCAGAUGACCACAUGGACUUCACGAGAUACCCCACAGAUACAGACACCAAAUGGCGGCAGUUCUGGCAGACCGCCGAAGACAUUAAUAGGCGGAGGUUCGAGCCUGUUUCUAUUGCCUACGACACCUAUUCCGAAACUCCAUGGCUGCUUCUUUCUGAUAGUUGCGCUGUGAUCCGGGAAUGCAGUUCUACGGAGCUACUCCUGCACAAUACCGGCGCUGAACUCCGUACGGAAGGAACCAAGAUCGUGGACCGCUGGUCGCACAGGGAUUUGGGAUCGGAAGUGGGUGACCUGUUCGAACAAGCGUCUCACUUGAUGAAGGUUGCUUCGGGCUUCAGGAAGCGGUUCCCAGCUGAACUUGAAGCGGCUUGUUGGGAUGCUAUCGAGGCGGAAAUCUUCACUGAGCCAUCCUCAUCUAUCCCAGACCGAUUGGACGUCUUCCGGGAACGCUGUGACUUUGGGGAGCGGGUUUCCAAUAAGAUUUUCGACGGUUUGUUCGCUGCUAUGAAUGAGCAUCUGAGUAUCGAUAAUCUGCCGAGUGAGGUCUUUUACGCAAUUCUCGACACAAUCCCGCUCGGACCUGGCAAGGACUCUGACCUUCUCGCCACACAUUUCGGGGUCAGGGCUACGGUAAACGGUGUCCAGGAGAUGAUUUUGCAAACGCGCCAACUUCUCGUUGACUUGCUUGUCCUUGUUGUUUUCUUAGACGGCGAGGUGGACCAGGAGGAGGGAUCGACUUUUGACGCGGCUGAUUUGUUCUCUACCAUCAUUCCUCUGCUCAGGGAGUACGAGAUGAUGCACUGGCUUAGCUCGAAUGUCCGCAAGAGCAGUGGCAAGCCGACAAGUGAUGCAACUGAUGGAUCAGGCUCGCCAUUUUCCUUAAAGAAGGACACAAGCUCUAACAAGGACGAGAGAGUGGUGACUAUUCUUGAGGAUCUAUUUGCUUCUAAUAUCAAGCCACGCCAGGCAAUUGGGCGAUCCCAGAGUUAUACCUUGACCCUUGGGAUCCGAGAUGUCCUCUCCUGGGUUACGCGUCAAGGAGAGGUUGCUUACCCAAAUGCGUUAGUCUACAUUCAGUGCGAUCUUAUUGCGAAGAAGAACAUUGAUCUCGCGUGGGACUUCUUACGAUUCCAAGUAACCACGUCUUGGGCGACCUACGUUAAGGGCCGGCUGUACGUGGUCAUGUCGGAAUAUGAUACUGCAGCUUUGUAUUUCCGAAAAGCUGCUUAUCUUCUUUCUUGUGGAAAGCCCCUGGGCAACCUGCACGAGAUGUCGUCGACACUUCUCGAUAUUGUCUCGGUGGACUGCUUCCACAACGGUCUCCCCAAAUACUUCCAGCACGUUCUCUCGAUAUUCGAGCAAGUGCGGUCAUUCUCGCACGUUGCCGACUUUGCCAGUCUUGCUUUGCAAACAUUAGAGAGCGAACUCAGCGAGCAAGAUCCAGAGUACAACGUCCUACGAACCGAUCUCUUGUCCCGCCUCUUCCACGCAUCAUUAAAGACCUGCCGCCACGACGAAGCAUACUCCGCACUCACCCGAUACAAAGACGUCGCUUUGCAACGAUCUGCCCUCAACUCCCUCAUUACCACCAUCCUCACCGCAUCGGGACCAGGAAGCACAGGUCUCAAGCAAAUCCUCCACUUCCCCACCUCCCUCGUCCCCAACCUCGCAUCCUACGUCGAUGAGACUCUCGUCUCGCUCGCCAAGAAACAAUCUUCUUUCAACUCCUUCCUGGAAACCGAAAACAACAAAUGGGCUGACUCUACGCCCGAUUUCCAACGAAUCCUCCAAGCCUACCGCAUCGCGCGGGCCGACUACCGCGGCGCAGCCGAAAUCGCAUACCGAAACGUCCAACGCCUGCGACAAGCACGCGACAACCCCUCAUCCCACCUAGCCCUCGCCAAGGCCAAAGAUGCCGACGACCAAAAGUCAAUGGUCGAAGAGGACGACCCAGAGAGCCAAGAAAUCCGCCACGAACUCCUCUCCCUAAUCAACCUCCUCGCCUGCGUCGACAAGAGCGAGUCUUACAUCCUUGUCGAGCGUGAAAACCCCUCUUCCACCCAGUACACGGGCCCAGAUUACAGACCCCGCAAUAUACAAGCGCAAGCAGUCGAUGACGAUGGCAAUGUCUCUAUGGAUGAUAUUGACACGGAAUCGCCUACAGUCCGCCGCACAAGCUCCAACGCAAGUCGUCCGUCUUCAUCAUCCGUCCAGGGCCACAGCCAGAGUUACGCACAGAACCAGAACCAGAAACCGCAGAAACGGGUGAUUGUUACGCUGGACCAUUUACGGCGUGAGUACCAGGGUGAGUUGGAUCGGGUUAGUAGGAUCGAGCGUGGGGAUUGGGAGUUUGGUGCAUUGGAAGAGGAGGACGAAGAUGUUGAUGGGGAUGAGACGAUGAUUAUUUCGUGA